AUGCCCUGCCACGCCCCGUUUGUGGGCACCGCGCAGCCCCAGGCGUGUUGUGACCGUCCCAGGCAGCGGCCCGCCAGGGGUGCAGCAGCGGCCCGCCGGCCGCAGCGGCUCCCAGUAGCGGCGGCAGCACCUGGCGGUGAGAACGGCAAUGGCGCCCCGGCAACGACAGCUGCCCUGCACGCCAACGGCAGCGGCCCGCCCCUGGAAACCACCACGGUUGGCAAGUCCACCAACAUCCGGUGGCAGGAGAGCAUGGUCAGCCGCGACGACAAGGAGCGCCUGCUGGGCCAGCGCGGCUGCGUGCUUUGGUUCACAGGCGGGUGCCCUGUCGCCGCUGCCUGCGUGACCGCAUCUGUCUUGCUGCUGCGCUCCCAGUUCAUGAGGCCGGUGGCACCAGCAAGCUUGUCAGUUGGUGGGGGAAAGGCCAGCCAGGCAGGAGCAACCGCUGGCUAUCUCACCGCCUAUGCUGAGCCGCCGCACCAUUGUAUCCCAGGCCUGAGCGGCAGCGGCAAGUCCACCGUCUCCUGCACCCUGGAGCACAUGCUGCACGAGCUGGGGCACUUCACCUCACUGCUGGACGGAGACAACGUCCGCCAUGGCCUGAACAAGGACCUGGGGUUUAGCGCGGAGGACCGCACCGAGAACAUCCGGCGCAUCGGCGAGGUGGCCAUCCUCUUCAAAGAGACAGGCACUCCUGAUGCUGCCCACCUUGAGCCAGCCACCUGCCGCCGCCAACUGCUGCUGUCUGGCAGCCACUAUUUGCCGCCCAGCACCUGCUGCCGCGCGGUCACCAUGACCUCCUUCAUCUCCCCCUACCGGGCCGACCGCGACAUGGUGCGCCAGCGGUGCAGGCCGGGCGAGUUCCUGGAGGUGUUCAUGAACAUCCCGCUGGAGGUGUGCGAGCAGCGCGACCCCAAGGGCCUGUACAAGAAGGCGCGGGCGGGGCUGAUCAAGAACUUCACCGGCAUUGAUGACCCGUAUGAGGCACCGCUGGAGCCCGAGAUCGUGGUGGACUGCUUUGACGCAGACGGCCAGCAGCGCACCCCCCGCGACAUGGCGGAACAGAUCCUGAAGACGCUGCAGGAGCAGGGCUACCUCAGGGACCCCACCAUGCCCACCCUGGCAGUGGCCAACGCGCUGCUGCGCAAGCACAGCGACGGCAUCCUGGACUUUGCCCAGCUGUGA